AUGGCCUUCUGGAGCUCCUCGUCUCUUGGCCUCCUGUCUCUCUUCCUUACCCUCCACCUCGCCACCACCACAACCUCCGCUGCGUCAGUUACCACCACCGGUAUCCGCCUCGGCCUCAUCCGAAAACCAUCCCCAGAUGUCCCCAUCUUCCGUGAAGCCCCAGCUUUCCGCAAUGGGGAGACUUGUGGGUCUCCUUCCACAGACCAAAUUCACGUAGCCAUGACUCUUGAUGCCAAUUAUCUUAGAGGCACCUUGGCCGCUGUUUUGUCAAUUCUUCAACACUCAACGUGCCCCGAAAACGUCAUGUUUCAUAUCCUCUGGACGAGAUUCGAACCUGAGAUCUUUUCAAGCAUCAAAUCAACCUUCCCUUACCUAAAAUUCAAGGUCUACCGCUUUGAUGCCCAUAGGGUUCGUGGGCUAAUCUCCAAAUCCAUUCGUCAAGCUUUGGACCAACCUCUUAACUAUGCUCGAAUCUAUCUCGCAGAUAUAAUUCCGACCGACGUUAAACGAGUUAUCUACCUUGAUUCUGACCUUGUAAUGGUGGACGAUAUUGCAAAGCUGUGGGGGGUUGAUAUGGGUGACAAGGUGUUGGCUGCACCAGAGUAUUGUCAUGCAAAUUUCACACAGUAUUUCACCGACGCAUUUUGGUCCGACCCAUCUCUGGCGAAGACAUUUUCCGGCCGGCGACCUUGUUACUUCAACACUGGUGUAAUGGUGGUGGAUGUGGAUAAGUGGAGACAAGGUGGAUAUACACAGAAGGUUGAAGAAUGGAUGGUGGUACAGAAGCAGAAGAGGAUAUACCACCUGGGUUCUUUGCCACCUUUCUUGCUUGUUUUGGCCGGAGAUAUAACAGCCGUCGAUCACCGGUGGAACCAGCACGGUUUGGGUGGUGAUAAUAUUGAAGGUAAAUGCCGGGGUUUGCAUCCUGGUCCAAUCAGUCUCCUUCAUUGGAGUGGCAAGGGUAAGCCAUGGUUAAGGUUAGACUCAAGGAAGCCCUGCGCUGUUGAUCAUCUAUGGGCUCCUUAUGAUCUUUAUCGUUCAACAAAACAUUCUUUUGAAGAAUGA